AUGCUGAAGGCAGAUGUGGAGAAAGACUUUCACAAAAUAGGAUUGCCACCAGUGGCAUCCUAUUUUAGGUGGAUUGUGGAUAAUGAACUCCUUAGAAAAAAUCAUUUAAUUUGCCCUGAUGAUUACAUCACUGAUAAAAAACCUAUUACUAGAGCACCAAAAGGAAAAUCAGAACCUGGCUAUGUCAGAGAGACAUUUAAUAUUAGGCAGCAGGUUUCUUCAGUCUCACAGGACCAGAUGCCUGCAUACCUGCAGAAAAAAACUGAUGGACUGCCAAAUGUGCCUUUGAGAACAUUCACUCUGCCUUCAACCACAUAUUCUAGCCACUACACUAAAAAGAUAACAAAGAAACCAAGUACCUGGGGGAAGCUAGCCUGGAAAGACAGAAAGUGCAAAGCAGAGGAAGAAAGUGAGCGUGCUUACAUUGCCAACCUUGACAGAAGGCAGAAUUACUUGAAGAACCCUCGCUUCUUCCCUCCAAAUGCUCCUCAGGGAGGCAAAUCUCUUGUCAUUUCUCAAGAAAAGGUGGAACAAGCCGUAGCCAGAGGAAAAUCAGAAGAUAAUGGAGGUGAUCCCUCCUUUGUUCCUGUGUUUCUUGCCACCCCACCUACUGUUUUGUUUUCUGAUUAUGAAGUUGGCCAAGCUUAUGAGAUGACUAUAGAGCUGCUGAACAUCACUUCAACAUGUCAGCAUGUAAGACUCAUCCCUCCCUCUACUUCAGUAUUCGCCAUUGGGCCAGGAAAAUUUCCAGGAAAGGGAGGAAUGAUUGCUCCUGGGAUGACAUGCCAGUAUACAGUCCAAUUUCUUCCUGAAAAUGUGGGAAAUUAUGAAGAUUGUAUAAUAGUGGAGACUCCAGCAUCAAAACCUCUUCUGAUCCCUCUCCAAGCUAGAAGACCACCUCCAGUGUUAACAUUGCCUGACAUUAUAGACUGUGGUUCCUGCCUUGUUGGAGGAAUAAAAUCAACGAAGCUUUUGUGCAGAAAUGAAGGAACAAACACUGGGAUGUUCUGUAUAAUGCCAAAGACUGCCUGGCCACCUCCUAAUUUCAGGGCUGCUGCCACUGUUGAUUUUGUGAUACAAGAUCCUUUUGGGAUCCAUCCUGGUGCUUUCGAGCUCACUCCAGGGCAGAGUACAACAGUAGAGGUAGUGUUUUUCCCUUCUUUUCCAGAAGUCUCACAGCAAAGAUACACCCUUCUUUGUGACAGUUGCCAAGUCAAUGAUGUUACAGUCACAGGGGUUGGAGAACUGAUAGCUCUGGAGCUUUUGUUUGUCACGGGUGGAGAAAGCAAAGCUGCACCUGGUGAAGUCACUGAUGUAACAGCACAGCAUCUCAUACGGUUUGAGCCCCAAAACCCACACACCACCAAGGAGAAGAAAUUGCUUAUCAGAAACUCUACCCACAUAGAACUUCCUUUCUACUGGCAGAAAAGGAAGCCUAAUCUGAAACCAUUAAUAUCAGAAGAAACUGCAGACUUUAUGAAGCUCAAAUGCAACCCAGACAUAGAAUCAGUCUUCUCCCUAAAUCCUGAGCAAGGAGUUUUGCUUCCACAUGCAGAUCAUGAAUUUACUCUCACUUACACUCCACAGGAGCUGAAGAGUUAUCACAGUGUGAUUCAGAUGGUACUGAGGGAUGUCCCAGAAACACCUUGCUCAGUAACAGAGAGGAUGCUUCAAAACAUCCCAGAAUGCAAAACAGAGGAUGUAAUAGCACUGGAAAUAGAAGUUAAGGGAUCCACAGAACCAUUUCAACUUCUCCUGGAGCCAUAUGUCAUUAUCAUCCCUGGAGAAAACUUCAUUGGUGUAACUGUCAGGAAAAGAUUUAAGAUGUGGAAUAACAGCAAAUCAUUGAUCAAGUACACAUGGGAGAAAAUCCUGUCCUGUGAAAUCAUGGAAGUUGAACCCCAUAUUGGCAUCAUAGAUGCAAGUUCAUGCUGUGAAUUUGAACUGACAGUUACUGGAAGCAAACCUGGGUGCAUCAGCCAUAACCUGCGGUGCAGGAUUGAACACUGUCCAGAGCCAGUCGUGCUGCACGUGGAGGCUGCUUUUAAGGGUCCACUUCUACAUAUUGAUGUUCCAUCGAUCCAGUUAGGUUUGGCUAAGCAGGGAGAGAGUGUCUCAAGAGCUUUUGAGAUUUUUAAUCUGAGUCGGCUGCCAGCACAGUGGAGAAUGCAGGAAAGUCAGGUUUGUCUGGCUGAAAGGAAUGAAGAGGUAUCUCCCUUCACCAUUCAACCAUCUGCUGGAGAAAUACCUCCUUUGGGGUCACGCAGUGUGUCGGUUCAGUUCUCAUCAUUGCUGUGCCAGCGUCUCCAGACAGUGUUAGAACUAGAGGUAGAAAAUGGAGAAGGAAGUCAUCUUCCUGUUUUUGUGGAAGUUCAGACUCCCCAAGCAUGCCUGCUAUCUAGUCAUCUAGUAUUCCCUGAAAUGUAUACUGGAGUUCCUGCCAAAGCAACCAGCAAACUUUUUAACCAGAAACUGCUGCCAGCAAGAUACUUAUGGGGAAAGCUCAUUGGAAGCCAGGCAGCUUUCUGCUCCAUUGCUGUCUCCCCAGCCAGUGGCACUUUAGGCCCAAAUGAGGAAAAAGAGUUCUGCAUAGAGCUGUCAGCUAAUAUCAUGGGUGAGCUGAAGGACCUUGCCCUUUCCUGUAGCAUAGAAGACAUGGCUGAGCCCCUCUUUCUGAGCAUUUCAGGAGAAGUGAAAGGACUGCAUGUCACUUACUCAGUACCUUGUGACAGUGGAGCUGCCAGUGAUGAAAGGCAGAUGUCUCAAAGCCCAGGGGAACUUCUCUUGGACUUUGGAUCAGAAGUGGCAGUCAAAGACACAGUGAAGCGUCAGCUAAUUCUUACCAACCACACUGGGAUCACUGCUCCCUUCAGACUGGAAGCUGAGUAUUUUACUGCCUGUUCUCUUGCUCCAGAACAAGGAAUCUGCCUCUCCUCAAGCUACAGGUCAAAAAGAAGAGGGCCUGUCACAAAACAGGCAGCCAGAAGAGCACAGUCAGAGUUUGCAGCAGCACUGCUGUCUCAUGGGAAGGGAGUAGCUUUCCAUAUACAACCUUCCACAGGAACUCUGAAAGCCUUCCAGCAGCUAAUCAUAGAAAUAACAGCUUACAACAACAUGUGGGGAGAGUACCAGGAUGAUCUUGUCUGUCAGGUGGGAGACUUACAAACUAAAUUAAUUCCUAUGCAAAUGACAGUGAAAGGCUGUCCAAUCUUCCUGCAGAUGACAGGACCAGAAACAGAGCAACCUAUAAUCAGGUUUGGCACUCAGGUCUCUGGAGCAUCUCCUGUGCUGCGGAGGAUCCAGCUCACCAACCCCACUCCCUUUGACAUUCGCCUGGACUGGGAAAUUUACAACCAAGAGCAAGAUGAUAAGAAGUUGGUGGACCUGUUGAUGUUCUGUGGAGACCCUUUUCCUCUUCAGGACAUGGACGAAAAUGAGACUACACCAACUGGUAGUGCCUUGGAGUCAGAGAUCUCUCCAGGCUCUGACAGCAAAGAGAAGGAAACCACCACUCAAGAACCUACAAUGCAGAAGAACAUCACUGUACUUAUUCGUCCUCAUGAAGGGGUUCUUGCAGACAACCCCUACUCCAUUACCCCAAGGCAGAUAGUGCUUCCAGGAGGUGGCAGCAUCUGCGUUUGCAUCUUCUUCACCCCACGCGUCCUGCCAGAGGGCGUGACUGAAGUGCAGUGUGAAGGGCUUGUGCUGGGCUUCAUGAGCCUGGAUGACAAGCUUGCACAGACAGUGCCCAACAAAGUGCAUCGCAGGCAUGGCUACGAAGCUCCGCCGUUACGCAUCUCCUUGCAAGCCUUCGUAGCACAAGCUCUGUUAAAAGUAGACAUGGAUCACGACAGAGGGAUGGUGUUUUACUCAGCAGCAAGUGACCUCAUACCAGAUCAGCCUCAGUCAGGAGUUUUGACAGAGUCAGUAAUGACUCAGAGUUUGAAACUCACCAAUUGCACUAAGGUUCCACUGUACUUCAGGCUCCUUCUGUCUACACCCUUCAGCCUGUCCAGCACCAAAACAUCUCACAGCAAGAAGGAAAACGAGCAGCAACCACAACUUGUACUUUAUCCACAGCAAAACAUGCUGGUGACAGUGUCAUUCCACACAACUCUGGAGUUACUUGUUAAUCAACAUCUGCCAGAUACCCAGCUGCUUCCUGGAUUCCAAGUGCUCCAGUCUGAGAAUGGAGAGAGAAAGCUGCAGUUUAAUCAAAAUCUGGUCAUUGAACAUAGUAACAGCACAUGCCAGCUGGUCCCAGUGACUGCUUACCUCACUGUUCCAGUUCUGGAGCUGUCUUGUGACACAGUUGACUUCAAGACCUGCUUUGUUGCACAGCCCAAGACUGAACAUGUCUUCCUGUGCAACAGGAGUGGCUGCAGAAGUUACUGGACUGCUUUGCUGGGUGACCAGAAAAGGAGGGAGAACCUGGAAGUAUUCUCUGUCUCCCCUCCUCAUGGUGUUUUGGAGGCACGCCAAGGGGACUCGCCUACUAAAGAGAUUUUGCAGAUCAGCUUUACUGCCAGGAGUGACACUGAAUACGAGACUGUGGUGAGCAUCAGCGGACUGCUGGGAGAGAGGCCCUGCAGGCUGCAGCUCAGAGGACGAGGCACAUACGAUGGGGCAGCAUGA